AGCGCGUGACAAGAAAGUGUAUAUUUAGUUACUGAUCGCUGUUUAAUUCAUGCGUUUCACAUCGCUGCACUCGUGUAAGGUUUUAUUUUACGCACAACACAAUGUCCCGAUUAUUGUACACCUACAGAGGCCUUAUUGUUCCGGUAUUUACUCCUUUCAAUAAAGAUGGAUCUCUUGAUUUGAACAUUAUACCUCAAUAUGCAACAUAUUUAGCAAAGAAAGGAAUCAAAGGUAUUCUUGUUAAUGGCACAAGUGGUGAAGGAAUGUCAAUUUCUGUUGCCGAAAGGAAACUUGUUACAGAAGCCUGGGUAAAAGCAGUGAAAGAAACAAAGCAACAUCUGAUGAUUCAAGUAGGAGGCGCUCCUCUUCCUGAUGUUAUCGAACUUGUAGGUGUAAUUACUAAUACAAUUAACAUCGAGUUUCACAUUGUCCUGUGA